AGCAUCAGCAGUCCAAAAGAGCUUCACAGGACAGGCGGGAGUGCGCAGUGUCGCGAACGCGCACUCACUCACCCACAGAGACAGACUGCGAUUGGAAGCGCGAGGCGGUCAGAUCGUGUGUUGUGUGUUGCUGCCGCGCAGUAUCUUUUCACGCAAGUACUGAGGACUGCAAGGGAAAAGUUUAUUUCAAAGACUCUCCAACUAACGGGCAUGGCCGCUCCCAGAUCCCCCUGAACGCCAGUUGUGCAGACACAGCAAGAGAUGUAGAUCCACUUACAGACUGUCUUCUGACUAACGCACGGACAGAUUGCGCCAUGACGGAACGGGAUGGCCGCUGUGAUUUUUCCAUCGCCCCGGGGCAGGUAUAUAUUGAGGUGGAGUACGAUUAUGAGUACAAGGCGAAAGAUAGACUCAUCUCCAUACGGCAGGGCGAAUGCUACAUGUUGGUUCGCAAAACCAAUGAGGACUGGUGGCAAGUUCGUCGGGAGGAGGGCACCAAGGCGUUUUAUGUCCCCGCUCAGUACGUCCGAGAGGUGCGGCGCGCCCUUAUGCCACCACCCAAACCUCGCGCAAAGCCCCCCAACGUUCUUGAAAUCGGCCAGUGCCGAUCGUCGAACGAAAAUCUCAACCAACGCGCUCCUACGGAAAGGUCCAGCUUCGGCAGGCCAUCUCCCUCGACGACGCCUUCCCCGUUACCAGGUCAACAGACCUCGCCUUUGUUGUUGCGGGACACCAAUCAGAACUCGGGGAUGAAGAGCGUUGUUGCCGAGCUCACUCUGCUUAACAACAACAACCAUCAUAACUAUCACCAUGGCAACCCCACACUUCCAGAAGGACGAGCGGAAUCCCCUCCACGAGAGCAUGGUUGCCAGGGGAAACUCCCAGGCAGUUUGUCGGUGGACACGGACGGAAGCGUGUCACAAGCAGAUGGGUUGGAGAAAAUGAGAAAUGACUCAGAAUCUGGAGAUGAGCUCAGCAGCAGCUCUACCGAACACAUACAGAGCACAUCACCCACCGGACAGUGUCGACCCGAGUCCCCCGUUUACACCAACCUCCAGGAGUUAAAGAUCUCUCAGUCGUCUCUCCCACCUGUUCCCUCUUCCUCCCCUCUUCAUAUCCUGGGCGACUGGGAAACGCACAAAGAUACGAGUGGAAGAAACUUCUACUACAACCGCAUGACUCAGGAGAGGACCUGGAAACCACCACGCUCACGGGACAACGGGGGCAGUCGUGGGGACACUGGAGGGAACACUGGAGACAUGGAGCAUUUGUCUUCUGAAGAGAUUUGUCCCAGCACACACUCCAGUCAGUCAGACAGUCAGUACGGAUCGCCCCCUAGAGGCUGGUCUGAGGAACUGGAUGAACAUGGCCACACACUCUAUGUGUCUGAAUACACCAAUGAGAAGUGGAUCAAGCAUGUGGACGAACAAGGGCGGCCGUAUUACUACAGUGCUGAUGGAUCCCGCUCAGAAUGGGAGUUACCAAAAUAUAAUCUCUCUCCUCCAAUCUCUGGAGAAGCUCCUAAGAGUCACAGUUUGGAAAGGAAGCAGCAGGAGCUCAUUGUGCUGACCAAGUGGAGACACAGCACCUAUGUGCUGGACGUCAAUGAGAAGCUGCCAUUCAAAAACAGAUGGUUCAGCGUGAGCCGCCUCCCCAGGGGCUUCGGCCUAUCACUGUACAGAGAACCCUCGGAAAAGUGUGGUGUUCUCAAUGUCACCAAGAUUACUGAACAUGGCAAGAAAGUCAGGAAGAAUUGGGCCUCCACCUGGACUGUCCUGCAGGGAUCCUCUUUACUUUUUGCAAAGGGUCAGGGCAGUGGCACCAGCUGGUUUGGAGGCAACCAGUCCAAACCAGAAUUCAUGGUGGACCUGCGAGGAGGUUCGGUCGAGUGGGCAUCCAAAGAAAAGUCCAGCAAGAAACAUGUCAUUGAGCUGAAGACCCGAGUGGGCACAGAGCUGCUGAUCCAGUCUGAGAUUGACACUGUUAUUAAUGACUGGUUCAGAGCGCUUUCUGAGACCAUCAACACACAUGCUUGGGAGUCUGAUGAGGCCAUUGAGGAGGACAUGCCCGAGUCUCCUGGAACUGAGAAACACGACAGAGAGAAAGACCCCCGAGACUCAAAGAAAAACAGAGUAAAGAACUCCAGUUUGGAUUCGUCUGAGCAGAAGAAGACCAGAGUCAAACUGAAGAAGUUCCUCACACGGAGACCCACCUUACAGGCUGUCAGAGAUAAGGGCUACAUAAAAGAUCAGGUGUUUGGCUGCAGUUUGAAUGCCCUGUGUCAGAGAGAAGGCACUUCCGUACCUAAUUUUGUCAAGAUGUGCAUUGAGCAUGUGGAGAAUACAGGCUUGAAUGUCGAUGGCUUGUACAGAGUCAGUGGAAACCUGGCUGUCAUACAGAAACUGCGCUUUGCAGUCAAUCAUGAUGAAAAGGUGAAUCUGGAAGACAAUAAAUGGGAGGAUAUCCACGUGACUACAGGUGCUCUGAAGAUGUUUUUCCGGGAGCUUCCAGAGCCUCUGUUCACUUACGCAUCCUUUAAUGACUUUGUCGAAGCCAUCAAACACUCCGAUUACAAGCAGCGAGUCCAAUCCAUAAAAGACUUGAUCAAACAGUUGCCAAAACCCAAUCAGGAAACAAUGAAAGGGUUAUUCAAACACCUGAAAAGAGUGAUAGAUCAUGGCGAGGUGAACAGGAUGACUACCCAGAGCGUGGCUAUCGUGUUCGGCCCAACCCUGCUGCGGCCGGAGAUCGAGACGGGCAAUAUGGCGGUUCAUAUGGUCUAUCAGAACCAGAUUGUAGAACUCAUCCUUCUAGAGUAUGAGAACAUUUUUGGCAGGUAGAACAUCUCUAAGUGAGAAUCGAUACAGAGAACACAAUGCCAGAAGUUUAACAUCUCAUAUCCAUCACACAAAAACACACCACCACUGUGGGCCAAGCUUAAUAGAGUAUAUAAACAAACGUGAGUGGACUUACUGUGACAUAUGACUGAAUACAAGCGAAGAAAAUUAAUACAGAAAGGUUCUUUAUGCACUUAAUAUUUUUUUAACUUUUGAGGAUUUUUCCAUUUGGAUCGUCAUUCCGUGGCUUAGAAUAAGCUUGAUGGACUUUUGGACAAUUAUGGAUGGUCAUUAGUCUCCAUUAUGCACUUUUUUUUUUUUUUUUUUGGAAAUGGGAAUAUUUUCC